AGCGAGAGCGCGAGCGCCUCCUUUGAGCGAGACUGGACGUUCCGAGCGUGAGCGCGAGAGAAGCAGGCGCAGCAGCGGCACCGCGAGAGGAGGAAAGGAGGAAGAACAGCAGCAGCAGCAGCAGCAGGAGAAGCGGGUACAAUAUACACAUAUAAAUAUAAAUAAGCAAGUCAACGGGAUAUUAGUACGCGGCGGAUAGGACACGGGACUGCCAGCGACUUCUCCAGGUGGUGUUUGGCGCUGUGUUUUUUUUACGAUGGAGUGGCAGCCGGAUGAACAGGGGCUGCAGCAAGUACUACAGCUGCUGAAAGAUUCCCAGUCUCCCAACACAGCAACACAGCGUGCCGUCCAGCAAAAAUUGGAACAGCUGAACCAGUACCCAGAUUUCAACAACUACUUGAUCUUUGUGCUGACCAGACUCAAAUCUGAAGACGAGCCCACGCGCUCCCUCAGCGGUCUGAUCCUGAAGAACAAUGUGAAGGCACACUACCAGAACUUCCCUCCUGCUGUAGCUGACUUCAUCAAACAGGAGUGCCUGAACAACAUCGGGGACUCCUCUCCGCUCAUCAGAGCCACUAUCGGGAUCCUCAUCACGACCAUCGCUUCGAAGGGAGAGCUGCAGACCUGGCCUGAACUGCUGCCUCAGCUCUGCAACCUCCUCAACUCUGAGGACUACAACACCUGCGAGGGAUCAUUUGGAGCCCUGCAGAAGAUCUGUGAAGACUCCUCUGAACUCCUGGACAGCGAAGCGCUCAACAGACCUCUGAACAUCAUGAUCCCCAAAUUCCUGCAGUUCUUCAAGCACUGCAGCCCCAAGAUCCGAUCUCAUGCCAUCGCCUGUGUGAACCAGUUCAUCAUUGGCAGAGCACAAGCUCUGAUGGACAACAUUGACACGUUUAUUGAGCACUUGUUUGCUCUGGCUGCGGACGAGGACUCUGAGGUCAGGAAGAAUGUGUGCAGAGCUCUGGUGAUGCUGCUAGAGGUCAGGAUAGACCGACUUAUUCCACACAUGCACAGCAUCAUACAGUACAUGCUGCAGAGGACCCAAGACAGUGAUGAGAACGUGGCUCUGGAGGCCUGUGAGUUCUGGCUCACUCUGGCAGAGCAGCCCAUCUGCAAGGAGGUGCUGAGUGGACACCUGGUGCAGCUUAUUCCAAUCCUGGUGAACGGGAUGAAGUACUCUGAGAUUGAUAUCAUCUUGUUAAAGGGCGAUGUGGAGGAAGACGAAACUGUGCCAGACAGUGAGCAGGAUAUCAAGCCGCGCUUCCACAAGUCUCGCACGGUGACUCUGCAGCACGAGGGGGAUGCGACCGAGGAGGGAGAGGACUUUGACGAAGACGAGGACGACGAUGAUGACGACACGCUGUCCGACUGGAACCUGCGUAAGUGUUCAGCAGCAGCGCUGGACGUCCUGGCCAAUGUGUUUCGGGACGAGCUCCUGCCUCACCUGCUCCCCCUGCUCAAGGAGCUGCUCUUUCACCCUGAAUGGGUCAUCAAGGAAUCGGGCAUCCUGGUGCUGGGGGCCAUCGCGGAGGGCUGUAUGCAGGGCAUGGUGCCCUUCCUGCCGGAGCUGAUCCCUCACCUGAUCCAGUGUCUCUCUGAUAAGAAGGCCCUGGUGCGCUCCAUCGCGUGCUGGACCCUCAGCCGCUACGCUCACUGGGUGGUCAGCCAGCCCCCGGACAGUUACCUCAAGCCCCUGAUGACCGAGCUGCUCAAGAGGAUCCUGGAUGGCAACAAGAGAGUGCAGGAGGCAGCGUGCAGUGCCUUUGCAACACUGGAAGAGGAGGCCUGCACAGAGCUGGUUCCCUACCUGAGCUAUAUCUUGGACACGCUGGUGUUUGCCUUCGGGAAGUACCAGCACAAGAACCUGCUCAUCCUGUAUGACGCCAUUGGCACACUGGCAGACUCUGUGGGGCACCACCUCAACCAGCCGGAGUACAUACAGAAGCUGAUGCCCCCUCUGAUUCAGAAAUGGAAUGAGCUGAAGGAUGAGGAUAAAGAUCUUUUCCCUCUGUUAGAGUGUCUAUCUUCUGUUGCCACAGCCUUGCAGAGUGGGUUCCUGCCCUACUGUGAGCCUGUGUAUCAGCGCUGUGUCACCCUGGUGCAGAAGACCCUGGCUCAGGCCAUGAUGUAUAGCCAGCACCCUGACCAGUAUGAGGCCCCUGACAAGGAUUUCAUGAUUGUGGCCCUUGAUCUGCUGAGUGGGCUGGCGGAAGGCCUGGGGAGCCACGUGGAUCAGCUGGUGGCUCGCAGCAACAUCAUGACCCUGCUGUUCCAGUGCAUGCAGGUACAGGACACAAUGCCGGAGGUCCGUCAGAGUUCGUUUGCACUGCUGGGCGAUCUUACCAAAGCCUGCUUCCCCCAUGUGAAACCCUGCAUAGCGGAGUUCAUGCCCAUCCUCGGCACCAACCUGAACCCAGAGUUUAUCUCCGUGUGCAACAAUGCCACCUGGGCCAUUGGAGAGAUCUGCAUGCAGAUGGGAGCAGAAAUGCAGCCAUAUGUUCAGCUUGUGUUGAAUAAUCUGGUAGAGAUCAUCAACAGACCAAACACACCCAAAACGUUACUUGAAAACACAGCAAUCACUAUCGGCCGGCUGGGGUACGUUUGUCCACAAGAGGUGGCCCCAAUGCUGCAGCAGUUCAUCAGACCUUGGUGCACGUCCUUAAGGAAUAUCCGCGACAAUGAAGAAAAGGAUUCGGCGUUCCGAGGAAUCUGUAUGAUGAUUGGAGUGAAUCCUGGAGGUGUGGUGCAGGACUUCAUUUUCUUCUGCGAUGCUGUAGCUUCCUGGGUGACUCCAAAAGAUGACUUGAGGGACAUGUUCUGCAAGAUCCUCCACGGGUUCAAAGACCAGGUGGGCGAGGAGAACUGGCAGCAGUUCUCAGAGCAGUUCCCUCCCGUGCUGAAAGAUAGGCUGUCCGCGUGCUACGGGGUGUAGCCACGGCAACAGGGGGCACGCGUGUCAGGUAUCGAAUAUGGGACGGUUACAGGGAAACUCACCCAUGUCUACAUAUUACACUGCCCUGUUAUUGUGGGGUUAGGAAAAGAGUUUGUGGGGGGACUGUCUUCACUGCUACCCGUCCACCCCUGUAUCCUGGAUUCAAUCAGGGGGCUUCGACUAAACAAAAUUGUGCUAGGAUACUCCUCAUGGGGGGAGGGGGGGGGGUGUAGUGAUACAAACUAACUUUCUCAGUGGAAGGUAGGGGUGGCAAAAUAAAAGCCACUGUCUUCUGUCUGAACCAAUACAAACACAGGGAUGCACAAGCGAUUCCAAGGGACUAACGAAAUCAACUCUAACCCAUGAGACUUUAAUAGAAGGGGGAUGUUUAUAGUUGAGACAUUUAACACUGAGGUUAAAAAUGUAAAGGUAGGUUUUUAAGGAUAUGAAAUGUAAAGCUCCAUGUUCCAUUGAGUGGGGGGAGGGGGUCUUAAUGCCAGAAGAGAAUAGGGAGUUUACACAAACCAUGAUGAGCUAGAAAAUAAAAAGGCGGUUUUGUCUGUUUUUAUUUCUGUUCCAUGUAAGCCCAACUAACUAGGCACCAACAUGUUUGAAAACACAAGUGAGACUGCGGUUUCUGAAUACAACAAGAACCAUUACGAAUGCAUGGGGACCUUGUUUCAAGUCUAACAAUCCUAUAAGUAGACUUGUACGAUUUAGCUGUCAGUAGUAGCUCUUUAUAUAUAGAAAUCAAGGCUUUUUGCAAUACCUACCACACACGAGAGUAUAUAUAUAUAUAUAUAUAUAUAUAUAUAUAUAUAUAUAUAUAUAUAUAUAUAUAUAUAUAUAUAUAUAUAUAUAUAUAUAUAUAUAUAUAUAUAUAUAUAUAUAUAUAUAUAUAAAAAAUAUAAAAAAAAAAAAAAAAAUUAAAUGAGUUGACCAAGACAAAGUGAAUUUGAGGGGGGGGGUUAUUGAUGGCCAUAGUUUCUGUAAACCGAUAAUACUGUAAUAAUGAACCAUGAUUUUUGUUUAGUUUUGUUUUAGAUAUAAAUGGUCCUCGAUCUACGCUGUUUUUGCAAGAUUGAUUUAUUAAUUCUCGUUUUUUGUAUUUGUGACAUUGCUGCUGCGUUUCCUCCAGUUUCCUUUUUCUGUAGUAAAACAAUCCUGUUUUCAUCGAAACAAAUACAUAAAUCAACACAAAUAGAAGGGAUCUUGAUUAACAAUUUAAAAUAGAAAGGACUGGUAGAUUUAUUUAAGAUGAAUUUCAAAAGUCAAGAGGCUGAAAAUAAUACAAAAAAUAUGUGUGAUCUCUGCAUACUUCCUUUUAAACUGAGUUAGUGGUUCCUGUUGUGUUUGUUGGGUCCAGACUAAACUUGUAUUCGCCCCGCCCUGUGUGGCACAAUAUGCAAUCUCUGCAUACUUCAUUGUCAGCUAAUCUCUCAAGUGUGAGCUUACUUGUUUAGUUUAAAUGCUAACUGCUAUUUGGAGAAUUGGAAACAUUUUGUUUUUAUAAAAAAAAAAAAAAUCAUUUAUACAUUUAAUUUAUUUUUUUAUUUAUUUAUUUUUUGUUAAUUUGCGCAAAUGUGUGAUGCACAUGAACUUUUUUUUUUGUUUACUUUUUUUAUAGCGGACCAUUUCAUUAGAUGUGUAGGGCAGGGGUUGCUGGGUGGGGGGGUAUGAAUCCCAGUGUGUUGUGUGUGUUGGGGUUGUGUUUUUUUUUUUUUUUUGCAAAGUCUGCUUUUGAAAAAAACUAAUGUAGCAGCAUCCUUCACUGUGGUGCAGGUUAUCUGCUUUACCUGUAUCAGACAUGUUUGUAAAAUUCAAACCUGUAGAAUGAAACCCUGAACCCUUCUCAGAGAUGGGAAGGGAGAGGCUGCUUCCCCCAAAAAAUAAAAGGCAACCAAGUUUAAAAAAAAAAAUAAAGCAAGCUUCUGUUUUUCUGGUUAUAAACAUCUUUUGCGUCUAGUUUUAAAAUCUAAACGACUCUGGACCAUAAUACCAGAAACCCAAACUUGUGCGAGGAGAAUGCCAGCAGGAUUACAGGGAUGGAAAUAAGGCUUCCAUUGUUAAGCAAUUUGAUCCAUUCCUGGUUUUAAUGCAAGUUUAAUUGCAUACCUGAGCUUGUUCCCUCAUACACCGGGGCUAAGUGGACUAAUUUUAAAACCUCGAAAGGGUGAAUCUGCUGUGCAGUAUUAUUUCAGUUCGUCUUAUUUCCAUCCUUGAAUUUAUUAUAAUUAAGGAUGGUGGUACUUGGAUCCACUACUGCUUAGAUCGUUAAAAUAGACCCUCAUUGUGUCUCUCCAACAGCUAGGGGUUGCACCUGUUGAAUCUGCUGCAUAACUUGACUUCUCUAAUUGAAACUGUUGAAAUUCAUCUUUGGUGUUAUCUCCUGAGAGACUGCAGAUUGUCAAACCUGUGUAUAUAUAUAUAUAUAGAUAUAGAUAUAUAUAUAUAUAUAUAUAUAUAAAUAUAUAUAUAUAUAUAUAUAUAUAAAUAGCAUAAUAUUGUUUUGUUUGUUGCUAAAACCAUUUUUCCAGCAAGUGUGAUUUUAUAUAUGGAAAGUCUUUAAAAUACAAAAUACAGCUCCCCUUUUAGUUGUACUUGACUUAUUCUUCCUGUUUGCUACCAAUCCUCCCUGGUUCAUUCUUAAAUGCAUUGUGACCACUGCCCAAAUUUUGAAGGUGAACUGCUCUGCGGGAGAUGGCAUUAUUUAAUCCAGUUGUCUGCUCACAACACUGGUUAUACUGCUUGUGGAAAAAUGGCUUAUAAAGUAUUGUGAGCAAACCUUCCUCCCUCCCAGUCCGCCUGUCAGUGAAGGCUAGUCUGUGCAGCCUGUGGUCAGACUGCCCGAGUGCAAACUGUCACCAAGCGUUCACCCCCACAAAUGUGUGAAACUUUAAGAAAGCACGCAGCCCUCUGCACAGCAUUGCCCAGUACAUGUGUUGAAUGUGUGGAUGUAUUUGUUUUGCCUGGGAUGGGGUUGUAUGGUCAUGUCUUACCAAACUUCAUAUGAUUUUUCUGUGAUUUCUUAUAAUGGCUUUUAAAAAAGAAUCAAACCUCAUCAGAAUAACCUUCAACAAAGUCUUAAUAUUCUGUUUUUUGUGUUGGAGGCUUGAUGUUUCAUUCCUAUUUUUCCUUCUACAACACUAUACAUUUUGAAGGUCAAGCUUAGUUCCUGUGUUGCAGGAUAUAAAAAAAAAGUUUUUUCCAAAGCAAAUUUAUAAUUUGUUUUUGAGGCAUUUAUUUUUUUUAGCAAGAGCUUACAAUCCACUUGCGUUACAGAAUCGCUAUAGAAUUAAGUACAACGACACAUUCUACACUUGGUGUAACUUUUUAUUCAAAAUAAAUCAUUAAUUCAUAGAGCUGAAUCGGUGAUUUUAAAGUAAAUGCGGAAUAGGGCAUACAAUAACAACCUUUCUCUGCUUUUGAACACACUUUGUUUUGGUGUAUGCAGGAACCUGCCCCCACAGUGAUGAAAACAAAGGGAUGGGUUCCUGUGAUUUUUAUAACCUGUAAUAAACAGGCUUGUCAAACUACACUUCUGAUAGGAGAAGGCAUUAGCAGUCUAAACUCUUGCUUUCUUUAAACGCAGCACUCCUGAAUUGAGAGCCAUUGAAAAGUAAUCCACUCUGCAAUGCAGUCUAUAUAAACCAAUUCGUAUUUUAAAUACCAGGCACACUAGCCUGUUUCAGAAUCUUUAAUUGUGUAAUACUAGAGGGGGAGAGAGAAAUACACCCUGCCUCCAGAAAUGUUUUAAAUGUAGCCUAAAUGUACUGACAUGCAUUUUUUGGUGAGUAUACUUGCCCAUUUUUUUCCUUCAGAUUUGUUAAACAUGUAUUCUGUGUGAUUGAUUGGAUUUGAAAUUUCCCCCUGGAUCUGUGUGUUUGACAGCCCUGUUGUAUGUAGAGGCUACUGCUCUUGGGGCCUGGUUUGAGUCGUCUGAUGUAUUUUUGUAAAUGUGACGUACAAAAAUGUUUCCUAUGGUAAAUCUGCAGUGUGUGUUGAUCAGUGUAACAGUGACUGCUUGCACCUUGCCAAAAUGAGUAUUUUCUCAUUUUUUGUUAAUUUUUUUGGUGUUUUCAUUUAUUGACUUAAAACAAACAAAAAAAAAUCUUGUGAAUCCAGUUUA